AUGUCACGCGCAUUACUUGAUCUUUCCAACUACCUAGAAGAUGAAGAGGAAGAAGAAGAGGAGGAGGAGGAGGAGGAGGAGGAAGAGGAAAAGGGUGAGGAUCUCAACUACAACUACAACAUACCUUCGUCACAAAGUCGUAUUCAGAUCAGCCCAAGAAAGAAGGUGGUUGCCUUUGACCCACAAGCCACCCAAUGGGGAAUCGACGGCAACCGCGAAGAGCAAAUGGAUGUCGAUGCCGCCAAUCAAUUGCAAACAGAAGACCGUCAGGCACGAAGUUCAACUGUCCGAUCAGCGCGGUCGAGGAGUGCAAACAAGCGCAGUGUAUCCAGGGUUGAUUCGCACAGAGAUCCUGGAGAAAUUACCAACCAGGCUCGGAGAAGUACCUCUAGAGGCCCUGCACCAGCAUCUUCCAAUUCGGAAGAGAUUUCAGGAGGGCAAAUGAGAGCGCCACCCAGAUAUCCCGGAGCCGCAGACCCAGUCCCUCCAGAAUAUCUCACACCACAAGAGAGAAAAGACAAUGAGCUAGACGCAAAAGUCAUGGAUACAUUGCAANAGAUCCGCGACAACAUUCACGAGCUUUGCACCAAGUUCUUCUAUCGAGACGUCCAAAAGCCUGACCUCGUGAAGAUGGUUGGUGAUGACAACAACUUGGAGUUCAUCAACUUUUGCAGGGCCAUUGCCGAAGGCGGUGGCGACGCGGGAACAUGGCAACAGGUUGUCACAGAACGAAACUGUCGUCUUGGUCUCAGCUACGGCAUCAUCCACAGGGCUCUGGUACGACAUGUCUUUGGUAGUCUCCUCUUUGGUGGACCUCCUGACUUGAUGGAAAGGCUGGAGCAGAUGGAAAAGGCCCAAGAAAACGAGGAUGAGGACCAACGUGCUCAGUACAUCAAUAAUUAUGAACUCCAUCACAGAGUCGACAUCAACCAAUGCAAAGCGCGACAAAUCGCCAACCUCAAACUGGCCCUGCAGAUCGCAGAGAUACUUAAUCCACUCUACCACCUCGAUAGUCAGAAUGCGAAAAAGGACUUCAACGUGUUGCAGCACCAAUUGAUAUCAAUUGUGACAGCGGCUACGACACUUGCAACUCUGAUGAAAAGGGACGGCCAUACAGUCCUAUAUCAGUUUGGCCACGUCUUCAAGGACCAGAUUGCCGAUCGUAAGACGAUGCAAGUGCUGAACAUAGCACAGCUGCAAGAAGAACACCAAAAGAGAGAUGGUGCCGAUCACAUCUUGAUCAGGAUGGUAUGUGGUGAUUCAUUGUAUGCGUUUCGAAAGGGUGGCGGUGUCAUGGCCGAGAGAAUGUUGGAGAAGGAAGAGCAAGAGCAAGACACGAGUGUUGCUCCAGAGCUUCGACACCUGCCUCGGAACCACUACCGUGGACGUCUCAUUACAGCACGGGACGGUUACAGAUCCAAAUUCUUGGCCAAGGCGCAGGUGUUUGGUCGAUUGGAGCAGCUGGGCAGCGAGGACAAGGCAACGGAUCUAAAGGAGGCAAUCCAGCUUUUGCGAGACGAGGGCUGUACACCGCAGUGA